AUGAUGUCGGAGCUCCGUUUCCAGUGCUUUGAGGUGGAGAAAAUGUACCGCGCUCGGCAAGGCCUGAUGGAGUCGAACACUCUUCUACUGGCGAAAUCGGCGUCAGCGCGGCACCGCGUGGAGGAAUUGGCCCGCCGCAGCCACUUGUUGCAAAGGAUUAUUCGCUAUAUGCACCAGAAGCUCCAAAAGCGAGGCGCAUGCCUGGAUGACGGAAGUAUCGGACGUAACAGUGAACAUAAAGACGUUGAUGGCUGCGAGCGGCCAGGGGCAUCGCCUGAGACAGGUGUGCAUGCAGCCGGCGGUGGAAGAAGAGGUGGGAGUCGAGGUCGGCACCGUGGAACCGUGUACAGGCUGGCGGGCAUGUCUGAGGAGGAACGGCAACAGAUGUUGGACCUUCGCGAAGAGGUGUGUAGUUGCAAGUUUUUUCUGCGUAUGAUCCUGCCGCGGGGUGCAGUACACUACGGUUCACUGCCGAAUGCCAUACGAAGGCGUGCCAACGCAUUCUUUGCUUUCAAAAGUGACCCCUUCCCCCUCCCUUCACGCUGGCUGAAUCUUCGUAUGCGCGCGCGUUCUUCCCCCAAAAGAGUGCUUGCAUUGUGUCACGAAGACCCUUUGGUAGGAGCCAACGGGGAAAGAGGACUGCAGACAGAAAGCGGCGGAAAACGCUUCGACCGGACCGGCCGUCUUGACCCCCAGCCAACACCAGUCCCAAUAACAUCAGCAUCGCUAUCCCCUCAAGACGCCAGUGGCUCAGAGUUGUUGCCUCCGACUCUAUUGCACAACUCGGAUCUGUCAAUGGGUUCAGCCAAUGAUGGCAGCGGUCUAGCUGAUAAUCACGGCGCAGAAGUGGGUGAGGGUUCUGUUAGUACUUUGCUCCUGCCAGCGAUCGGCCCCACCAGGUUAUCGCGGCAACCCCAAGAUUGGGAACUGGAGAACAACGAACACGAUCAACAGCGGGUACCCCAGCGGCAGCUACAACAGCAUCAACUCCAACUGAAUCAACACGAACACAUGGCGCUGGAGGUACCCUCCCGCGGGGCAGAUGGAACAGAUGGAAAUGAUGCCAUCGAGCCAAGUCGAGGAAACGGUAGGGAAGGUAUUAGGGAGAAACUCGCGUUGUGGCCGGAGUUUACGAUUGUGCCCCAUAUUGCAGGAGUCGGCAGGCCACCCCGUGAGGGCGGCGAUAUCGCAUGCAGCGAAGAACGACCAUGGGAAGGGACCAACAGCUGUAUUGAUGCUGAGGUGUUGAAAGCGGUGGCGAGACUUCUUCUGUCCAAGCUGCAGAUCUCCGUGGAGGCAAUCACACCAAGGCUAGCAUUCCCCCGCACCCACGCCAUGGAUUUCCCGUCUUUGACGAAACGGGCGACCUUGGGAAGCGGCGGUGCCGGGGCCGAAAGCGGCGUUGACAUGGGAAACCGGCAGCUAAGAAACCCCAGAACGGGGCCCAGAAGGAGCAGGGAAAGCACCAGAACGGCUAGACCAUACGAGGCCGGCAACGGUAACUCCGCUUGUAACAGCCGUGAACAGCGUCGUCGCGGUGGGCGCGGCGGCACUCUGUCUGAUGAUCAGUACGAGGAAGGCAUGUCCAGGGAGGGCGGGCGCGAUCGCGACGUUGACAGGAGCAGGUCGAGAGUGCCGGACGAUGCUACUAGUAUCUGGUCGGGGUGGCAUAGCACGGGGAUUCCAUCGUGGGACAUUCUUGUGAGUGAGAUUCUGGGUGAGGCGUCACCAUUUUCGAUGGAGUUUCGGGUCGGCACCAUUUAG